GGUGGCGCCAUCGAUUUUGACCAUCCCGAUGUUUGCCGUGACUUUUUAGUCGGCUUCUGUUUGGCUGAAGCCUUCCGCAACACUAAGAACGACUUAGGAUUUUGUCCAUUUGUAAGUUUUAUGCGAGUUGAGGACCAUAGUCCUAUCCACGACGAAGCUCUCAAGAAGCGCUAUCAGGAAAGCCAUCGAUACGGGCGUCUUGGAUACGAGGAAAAAUACUUGGAGAGAAGUUUUGGCCAGAUUGUCUUCUUAUGGUAUCACUUUCAGCUCAACCGUAUGCACAAUGAGGUGCGCAGGAAAAUUGAGAAGAAUGAAGCUCGUCUCGUCCAUACAAGGGCAGAUACGCAUGUGUCCAGUGAAGUGUAUGACAAGAAGAAGAAAGAUAUAAAUGAAAGAAGGGAGGUACUUGGCAGGAAAAUUGAAGGAUUAAUGCAAGAAGCUGAGAUUGAGGGACAGCAGGGGAACGUUGGAGCAGCACAAAAGGCCGUGCAGAAGGCGGAUGAAUUUGCGAAAGAGCGAGAAACUUUGAGAAGGCAGGAAGAGGACCUGGAGCUUGAGAGACAGAAAGCGAUCACUAUGGAAGAGCAGCUUACAGCUGGAAACAAACAAAUGCAAGUUUGUCAGGUAAGCGAGUUUGUAUGUGCAUUGGUUUGGGUUAAUACGUAUAGUGCCUUCGAUUCUCUCAUUGUGCAUUCUUCCCCACGUUUUUUGUUGGUCUUGAGGUUGUUUCAAGCCUUGAAGGCACCGUUCCAAGAAUUAUGAGG